AUGGGGCUUUGUACGGGGUGGUUCUGGGAUGAUGCGGGGCUGACGUAUACGAAGAGGUGUUUGGCGGCGGCGGAGAAGGCGAUUGGAGAUGGGGAGCUCGCAGGCGAGGUUUAUUUCUCUGAAGAAGAGCGCAUCCCGACACCACAGAUCGGGUUUAUCGAGUCCGAGAUGGGCGAGGAUGACGACGAAGUCUCAGAUGCAGGUACGGAGCGACCGAUUGGUGAGAGAGCGGAGACCCGAGACGGCGAGGUGGUGUACUAG